CUGCUGGGGGGGUGGGGGGUUAGUUGCGAAGGCCGAGCUAGGGGGAAUGGCCUCAGAUGGUUCGGCUCAUUUCACAUCACUUCUCCACGAAAGGCGGGCAUUUUUGCAUGAGAGCCGCAUUCAACUGGUUCAGAUUCUCAGCGUGAUUUCAUCAUGGGGAAAGGCAUCCGUGCUCUUUUGGCAUUGGUGGGCGCCUGGGCGCACAACCAUGGUGGAAGCCACGACCACGACAGCAAUUGUAUGCACAUGACAUCAAUGGUGAACUACACCUGCCACAGCACCACUUGUGACGGAUUCAUGGCAUACAAGAGUGACCACUGCACUUCCAGCAGCAAAUGUCCAGCAGUGGUCAUCAUUCAGGACUGGACGGGCAUGGAUGACUAUGAGAUGGAGCGUGCACGCAUGCUCGCCGGCAUGGGCUACGUGGCGUUUGCUGCAGACAUCUACGGUCGUGGCACGCCGGCUGAGAACAUGGCAGAUUGGGGUGCUGCGGCGGGCGCUCAUCGUGGAAACCCUGAUCUCUACAUGUCCAAGAUCAACGCCGCACUUGACCAGGUCAAGACCUACGACUUUGUCGACACCACUAAGAUUGCAGUGAUUGGCUACUGCUUCGGAGGAUCAGGUGUGGUGAAUAUGGCCAUUCUCGGCUCAGACGUUCUUGGUGUUGUUGGCUACCACUCCGGCAUUCAAACCAGUUCUCGUGUCGUGAGAAGCGCGAACAGCACGGUGCCUGUGGUGUCCAAGGUCUUAUUGCACUCCGGCGUGGAUGAUGAUGCCGCCACGGAUGUGGCGUUGCUGGAGCAGGAGUUCGAGGCUGCUGGAGCUACCUUUGAGAUUGUGCGCUAUGGCUCAGACGUCCUUCACAGCUUUACCGAGUGGAGUGCCAAUUCUCCAGGCUUUGCGGUGUAUGACCACAGGGCAGACUAUCGGUCCUGGGAAAGCACCAAGCUUUUUCUGAAUGAGCUCUUUACUGGAUUGCCGGCAGCGGAACGUGGGCCAGAGAAUGCUAUGAUGCACACAGCCUUGCAGAACUACACUUGCAACACCACGACAUGUGAAGGGUAUAUUGCAUACAACAAUACCCACUGCACUUCCAGCAGCAAGUGCCCAGCGGUGGUCAUCAUUCAGGACUGGACCGGCAUGGAUGACUAUGAGAUGGAGCGUGCGCGCAUGCUAGGUGACAUGGGCUACGUGGCGUUUGCUGCAGACAUCUACGGUCGUGGCACGCCGGCUGAGAACAUGGCAGAUUGGGGUGCUGCGGCGGGCGCUCAUCGUGGAAACCCUGAUCUCUACAUGUCCAAGAUCAAUGCCGCACUUGACCAGGUCAAGACCUACGACUUUAUCGACACCACUAAGAUUGCAGUGAUUGGCUACUGCUUUGGUGGAUCUGGUGUGGUGAAUAUGGCCAUUCUCGGCUCAGACGUUCUUGGUGUUGUUGGCUACCACUCCGGCAUUCAAACCAGUGCUCGUGUGGUCAGGAGCGAGAAUAGCACGGUGCCCAUGGUUGCAAAGGUCUUGUUGCACUCCGGCGUGGAUGAUGAUGCCGCCACGGAUGUGGCGUUGCUGGAGCAAGAAUUUGAGGGUGCAAAGGCAACAUAUGAGAUUGUCCGCUAUGGCUCCAAUGUGGUUCACAGCUUUACCGAGUGGCAAGCCAACAAUGCUCCCUUUGCCAUGUAUGACCACCGCGCUGACUACCGAUCCUGGGAGAGCACCAAGCUCUUCCUGAAGGAGCUCUUCAUGGGCUUGCCGGCAGCCGAACGUGCCGAAUGUCAGAUGACAACGACCGUGCAAGAGGUGCAAUCAAGCAGCGCCAGCUCCGCCACCGCCGGCGCUGCCGCUGCGGUCGCGUUGAGCUUGGCUUUGGCGUCUUAAGAUCUGGCUGGGCUGGACCAGUUGCGGCACCACGCUCUUUUUGGGCAGAUCGGGCUGCUUCUCCGAAGGAGGAGUCUUCCACGAUCACCGUCCUGAGCGGCUGUUUUUUUCGAAUUUUCAACAUCUCAGCCGGGAGGGUUGAGGAUUUUCAGAGUAUCCAACGUUUGAUGCUCCAAGACGGAGCCACAUCCUGACUCACGCUGCGUCCAUGUUCUUCUUUUUGAGCC